AUGAGAAAAGUGAAGGGCAGAGACGAGACCUACGUCGCUACUGCCCGGUCUGCUGCCAGUUCGUACUCCCGGGUCAUACCUGUCACCCAGUAUGCAAACGCUGUUGUUUUCCCUAACCUGAGGACGGUUAUGAAUCAACUCCUUGAUUUCAUACUAUCAGAUCGACGGCUUGAAAUCGACUUUGACCGUGCGCCUUACAAAAGCAUAGUUAAAGCUCUUAGAAGCCAAAACAACUUCGUCGAUUUAGCGUACGAGGCAAUUUUACCGGAGAUCAGAGACUUCCAGGGAAAGGUUAUUACUACACAAGAGCUGCAUAAGAUUCGCUUGAUGCAAUCAUCGAUUUUGACAAUCUGGGACGAUCCUUAUGCUGGGUAUUUGGAUUUCGUUACGCAUCUUUAUGAUCUUGACUACCUACGACCAUAUAUCGGACAAGCCGGCAUCCCGAGAGAACGAUUAUCACAACACCAUACUGCCAUUCGCAACGCAUCAGAGCGAACUCUACAUUACUGGAUCAUCAAGAUUGGCCACGGAUUAAGAGUUGCGAACUUCAUCCGGCUCUGGACUAUGACCUUUCCCGCGAAUAUCGAUAAUCUCGUUGAACUGGUUUUCGAAAACUUUCUUGAAAUGACUUUUUGUCGAGCGUUCCAGUCUUUGCCUUCCUCGAUCCUAGAGGAUAUCUUUGGACCGUGCCCAGAAAACAACGGUCACUACUCAGGGAUGGGUCUCAAUGUCAUGCCACCAUUACUACAAGGAAAGAAAAUAGCCCCAAUGUUGCGUUCCCGGUUUGUCAAACCGAUCGCCCUAUCCCCAGACCCCGAAAUCCGCGAAUGGCCCUCUAUGCGAGUUUCCCGGGUGGAAGAAAAUUCUCAACGCGCAUUACCGACGAGAAGCCACAUGGGCAAAAAGGAAUGUCAUGAGGCUCUCCACAAAGCAAUUCAACAGAAUUCAACCCUCGAGCAAUCACUUCCCCUUCCUAUGGAAGUACAGGACUGGGCCCAGCCUGAGGAGGAGAUAGUCGAGAUUGAAACAUGGUUUCAGACGAUAACUACCAGACUUCAAGAGAUGAAUGGAGCUGCUGAAGUUAGCUACAUUCGUCCGGUAGGAUCCUGCAAGGCGGCUAUCGGCGUGAUCAUCGACAACACCACAUUCCAUGAAUAUAGCUCUGGGGGCGCAAUGGUGAACUUACCAUGGGGCAUGCAAGAGAGUGGGUUCAGCCAAUCAAACUCUCUGAUCUGGUCAUACAACUUGCAGAGCUAUGUGCAAAUUCCAACGUCUUUCCAAGCUGCUCCACCCAGACUGGCAGAUAUCAGGGUCCUCCGGGAAGCAACGCAAGCCCUGAUCCGUGGGAGCCAUCUCGGGAUUGUGAUUAUUUGCGGAGAUAGGGCAGAGCAGGUGGCCAUCCCUGAUGAUGCUGAGUCUAAGCGGGUGGAGAUUACUUUGCAGGGCAGGAAAUAUAAUGUCUGGGUUGAAAUUCAACAGUCUAGAAUCAAAAGACUAUUCAUCCGUUCCCGCCAGCCCCUUUCAAGGCUAUGGGCUACCCAGGGGAGACAGGCCUUUGACCUAACGAAUGUCUUUCGUUUUUCAUCUAUCAUGAUGGAUAUCAAAAUCUUCGGAGGCUUCUAUGAGUCUGCCCUAUCUGUGUCGUUAAUCGUUCGCAAAUGGACUGACGAAAGAGACAAUGGUCUUCCACGAGCUAAGCCAGCUGACCUUGAGCCGAUCCUAAAGGUCUGGCUAGCAAACAGGUCGUUCCAGAGCCACGAAGACCUCGAUCGCCUAACCAAAGCGGCUGGCGGUUCUUUGAGAUAUGGAGUUCUUGUUCUUAGCCUUAUACAACCAAAGGAAAAGCACUCAACUCGGAUCCGAAGAAUCCACCCGUCAAUUCAGCGUCGCCGUGGUGCGAUUCCGCGUCAGGUUAUAGACGAUGUGAAGUCACUUUGGACAGAACUUGCUGGCGAACCAGGCGAACCAGGCUUUGGCGAAUCAGGUGCUGGUCAAUCAGGUGUCCCCUCCGAGGAAGCCGAUGACGUGGACGAGCACGACAUUGAGAAAGCCGCCGAAGAGUUUGGAAUUUCUAAGGAACCGGAGUACGUUGCCUCGGGUGCUAUUCAAGAUUCAGAGAUCUCGGACCAAGAUGGACUUGAUAGACCCGCCCCGUGCUUCGAUAACCGGCUAGUCUGGCUCCUCGGUACGAAAUAUAAAGGUGCUAGAUCCAGCGAAAACACUGUGCGCAUGUACGUUCGACACAUGUCUAUUUUGAUCCCGUGCAAGAUAUCAGAGAUACAAAAUAGGGAUGUCUGGGUCAAAGCUGAGUUGUCGCCCAUUGGAGAAAGACACCCCAAUAUGUUCGCCAAGACGACUAUAGAGAGCGAUCCUGCCUCCCGUCUCGCCAUUCGGUGCUCAUUCGAAGACUCAUACAGCGGCCAAACGAAAGUGGUAUAUGCCUACUCGCAAACCAGGAGCAUGCUUUGCAAGGCAAAUACUCUAGUCGAUGAAUUAAACGGCGACGACUUUGUUGAGAUAUGCCAAAGACCUCGACGAUUCAUGUACGUUGACCACCGGUGUACUAGGCAAAUCGAGGCCCAUCCUCAGCUACGACCAUUUAUCGGUGGUGCCUACACGGAUGACAAUGGGGAAGUUUUAUUUUGUUCCUAG